AUGCAAAGGAUCGGUUUGUAUGGGCCAGCAUUGGCUUCCCAGGGAAUUCCCACGAUUCAGUAAUUUUGCAGUCCACACAGUUGUGGACUGAUAUUACUGAAAACAAUAUCAUACCUUCCAUAGGGAAAAACAUUGAAAAACUUAUUGUGAAUCCGUUGAUUCUUGGUGAUUCUGCUUUUCCGUUUCGCAUUUGGCUGAUGAAACCAUAUGGUCAUGCUACACUUAGCCCUAAAGAGAACAAUUUUAAUUAUCGUCUCAGUAGGGCACGAAUGGUCACAGAAAGAGCAUUUGGCCAGCUGAAAAGCAGGUGGAGAAUUUUACACCGCAGAUCAGAAUGUGAGCCAGAAAGUGUGAAGGAAACAGCACUUACAUGUGUUGUUCUUCACAAUCUUUGCAUCGCUAAUGGUGAUAAUCUUCCUCAGCAUGUUGAUCUUCUUUGUAAUUAUCCAAAAAAUCAAAGAGAUCGAGAGAAAGUACGAAAGUUAUUGCAAAUGAGAAGCUGUGCCAGAACAAAAGAUUCCUCUAAAGCAGCAGAGGCUAUUAGAGCUGCACUUGCAGAAAAACUUUGGAAAGAGAAGGAAGGGGGAGGAGUAGUGUGA